GGCGGUGGAAAACAGAGUAGCUUGGCUAGCCAGCUGGUGGGAUUAAGCUCCUACGGAGUCAUUGGAAUCUCAGAAAGGGGGAAACGGAGAGUCUGCCAGGACUUCUGGUACAAUAAACUACUGAGCGAAAAAAAGAGCCUGGUUAAAUUUAGCUACUGUGAAACGAGCUAAAGUUAGCUACACUAGUAGUAAAAACUAAAAGUUAAACCAACAGCGAUGGCACAGGAGACCAAUCAGAGCCAAGCGCCCAUGCUUUGUGCCACCGGUUGUGGUUUCUAUGGGAACCCUAGGACUAGUGGCAUGUGCUCAGUCUGCUAUAAGGAUCACCUGACCAGACAGAACAACGGAGGUGUGAGCCCUCUCAACGCAAUGGGUGGCAGCGUGUCCGGUAGCCCCACAAUGGACGCCUCAGCCAUCCAGAGAAUCGAGGCGACCUUGAGUAAUGCUGCCGCAGCUGCCGAGGCUGCCAGUGGGGCAGCGGCUCUUCCUGUUACACAACAGAUGACCGAGAUGAGCAUUUCCUGUGACGAGGAAGGAGGAUCUCCUAAGGCAGAGCUUGCUAAACCCGUGGUUACUCAGCCAAUUGCCUCCGCCUCCCCUCCCAGUGCGGCCGGCAGUGACCAAUCCAAAUCACCUGAACCUGCAAAGCCCAAGAAGAACCGAUGCUUCAUGUGCCGCAAGAAGGUUGGCCUUACAGGUUUUGACUGCCGCUGUGGGAACCUGUUUUGUGGACUCCACCGUUACUCAGACAAGCACAACUGCCCGUAUGACUACAAAGCUGAGGCCGCUGCCAAGAUCCGCAAGGAGAACCCAGUGGUUGUGGCUGACAAGAUCCAGAGAAUAUAAACGCGUCUCACUUUGACCUUGAACACUUUGAGUGAUUGGCAAAACAAAAAGGACUCGCGCUGCACCUGCGUUCUAAAGGACUAGUUUUUUUAAAUUACAGUAUGGGAAAUCCAAUUUUCUGCAAUGCAUGAACGAUCAAAUUUUCUUUUGUCUGUCCUUUUUUUUCCCUUUUUCCUUUUUGAAUCGGUGUCUGAGCUUACAAUUUUAUGGGAGGAAAAAAAAAGAAUGAACAUAAAUGUCUAAGACCUAACUGACUAGGACACCCUUUCCCAGGGACGCCUGGACCUGGCUUAGUUUUUAGUGUUUUCCAGGAAUCUGAUUGUGUAGUGGGCGGUCUGAUGUGUUGUGAUUGUCAAGAGCUUUCUCUCUAUUUCAGAUUUUUUUUUAUUUUAUUUUUUGUGGAGGAGAGGGGUACUGUAGUUUAGCCUAUGGGACUAUGAGACUGUUACAGGCCUGACCAUAUCACAAUGCAGUGGCAGGUCAAAGCUGGCUUAUGUAGCAAAUGGCGUUUUUUUGGAUGUCACGGUGUCCUCGUGGAGUCCGUUAAUAUGUAGGCUUACUACUGGAUGUCAUUUCUGUGCUGCAUGGGGCCUCAGUUCAGGGGAGACCCCCCAAGCACAUCUCUAUUGUGACGUCAGAUGUGAAGUGACAAAAAAAAAAGGACUUGAUUGCUUUGUCACCUAAAGAACAUGUUCAGAAAGUUUCUUGAAUGAUGGUCCUGUGUGAAUGGUGAAAGCAGCCAGACCCUGACACUAGGGAGGAAGGAUGGCGUGUUCUAUUCCAAACCUAUAGAUUCAUUUGAAUCAACCACAAUAUCGGUGUGGUCAUGCUAGCCUGCUCCACUGACGAUUAUUGUUUUUUGUAUUGUAUUUUUAGUCCAUCCUGCACACGUGCGAUGCACACAACUUUAGUUAGGUUUACGUUUAUCCAGUUAAGAUGCUUUCCUAAAACAGUUUUUUUUUAGGUCUGAUGCUGUGAUGUGCGUUUGAAGGGAAACUUGGUGCUGUCUCUGGCUUUUGUGGAUGGGUGACUGCAGGAUGACUUCUAACUUCCUGCUACUGAGAUGAAGGUCAAAGUUAAUUUGGCCGUAGUCAUCCAGCCAUCCAGGUCACGUGACAGUGCUCAUGCACAUUCUGUGCUGUAUUUCUUUUUUUCCUGUAUUUUUUUUUUUUGUUUCUUUUUUGUUCCUGUGGAUAUGGAGUGUUUCCUAUCUACCAGUUUGAAACCGGAUGACGUGAUGCUUCGAUUACUCAGUCUUUGUGCUCAAAUUCCCUGAAGAUGUAUCUACUGAUACAUCCUACUGCAGGGGAUUCUAGAGAAAGGUGAUGUUAAGUCUGUUUUUGUACUGUGUCAGUAGGCUCUAUCAUAUGAAGGGUUACAGCCUCUGACCAGUAACGGAAAGGUUCCUACAUGAAAUCCCUGAGUCAGCAAGGUGAACAAUCUGCACAGCAACUGACAGCCAUUCCUCCCAGGUUACUGUAAAUGGCUUUUCCCCAUGUUUCCAUUAAAAUUACCACAAUGUUAAUAAAACAUCUGUUAGUGUCCCUCCGGUAUUUUAUUGUAGCACAUUUGCGAGAUUGUGUAGCUGUUGAUGGCGUUAGAAAAACUACACAAGGCUUUUCUCACAAGUUCUCUAAGUAUCUAGUGUGUUUUAUUAUUAUUUUUUAUUAAACCACCUGUAACUGGACAUGGAUGCUUCGAAGGUGUUUAGGUGACUCGUCUUGAACAGUGUAGCCAUGUUCAGGUUGGUAGGAGAAAUGUAUGGCUGCUUUAACGGGAUCGCCCGAUAACUGGUAAGGGAGCUCAUCACUAUCCCGUUUCAAACCGGUAGCUAGUGUUUUGCAUGGGUUGUUGUAUCAAUGACAUAGCCUUAGUAAACCUGAUUGCUGAGGUAUGAAGGGUUAGUUUCACUAAUCUUUUAAUCUAUAUUUUGCUUUUGUUUAAUGUUUUUCUAUUUCUCAUUUUUAAUGUAUUUGUGCUGAGAUUUCUGAUAUAGUGGCGUGUGUGUCAUCUGCUAUGUUAUAAACAAUUGUCUUGAGGUAGGCAGUUUUCAGUAGGCUUGGAUGGAUUUUGGCUGAGUUAUGUAUGUAUGCAAGUAUACGUGCUUGUUCCUCAGUAGUCAGAGCUGAUCCCGUGGACUCUUGAGUUAGGUUUUCUUAGUUGUUUGAAUUUUUUUUGGUCUGGCUGCUUGGCGCUGUUCUUUAUGUAGGAUUAUGAGAUUUCACUUUAAUGUGUUUUAAUUUUAACCCCUUUUAGUUAUGCAAGUUUGUACAAACCAUCUUUAUAUUUAUGUACUGCGCAUAUAAUCUUGUUACCCAACAUUACUGCAAAACUGUAUCAUGUAAAUAAAAUUAUGUACAGAGAUAUA